AUGGUGCGCAGGCGGGAAGAUGCCUGUUCCGGAUUAUCGCCUAUCCUCGGCUCAUCGGAGUCUUUUUCAGUCUUCGUUCUCCCUUCUCCUCUUUUCCUCCUCCAUCCACCCCAAUCCUCCUCUGCCGCCAUGUCUCGCUCACUGGGUACACUCCUGAGGCCCUCUCUUCCAGGGAGGGCUGUGUCCUCCCCCUCUGCUCAAUUGCGCAAACGCAGCCUAGCUAGUACCAGCUCCAAGCCCAGUUUCCAUCCCAACAUCAACACCAGAAUCGGCUCCCAGACUCCCCAACACGCACCAGCUGUCUCCAUCCAAUACCCUUCCCAGGGAAGACACUUCUCCUUUUACCACUUCCGUCCCCAAGCAAGCUCCGAACCCAUACAAGAACCAGUACCCGGGGUGCAGGUAUUUCCGACCUACCUCACCGUGGAUGUCGACGGGAAGGUGUCCUUCGAUUUCGCCCACUUGCGGGAUGCCUGCAAAUGUCCUACCUGCGUCGAUCAGUAUUCCAAGCAGCGCAACUUCCGAACUAGCGAUAUCCCGCUCUCCAUCCAACCACGGAAUAUCAAAUGGGAUGGGGAGCAGCUCGAGAUCCAGUGGUCCGACGACAUCCCCGGGUACGAUGAGUCCCACGUCUCGAUAUAUGACCGGAAAUUUUUGAAAUACCCUGUUGCAUAUGCCUUGGAUGAUACCAGCCCGCGGCGGUACCGGUAUCUCUGGGACGGCCCCAAGAUGCAGAAACUUCAGCACUGGAUCUCGUACGAGGACUAUAUGAAGGAUGACGCCAAGUUCGCGGCAGCCAUGAAGGAUCUGUCUGUUCUAGGUCUCAUUUUCAUCAAGGACAUUCCAGACUCGCGCGAAGAGCUCGAGAAGAUUACCGAGCGCAUCGGCCCGCUCCGGAAUACCUUCUACGGGCGGACAUGGGACGUCCGGUCAGUACCCAAGGCUAGAAACGUGGCCUACACCAACGUCUUUCUGGGCUUCCAUAUGGACCUGAUGUACAUGAACGAGCCGCCAUGUUUCCAGCUGCUCCAUUGUCUGCAAAACUCCUGCGAGGGCGGAGAAUCCAUGUUUGCCGACUCAUUCCUCACUGCAUCUCGCCUCCGCCAACUGCGACCGGAAUAUUUCAAAAUCCUGGAACGGUUCCCUGUGCACUACGAGUAUGUUCACAAGGACCAGGUCUACCAUCAUGUCCGGCCUGUCAUUGAAAGCCGUCGUAGCCCAGACGGCCAUUCCCAUAUCCACCGCGUCAAUUACUCUCCUCCCUUCCAAGGUCCGUUGCCUCGCACUACCAAGGCGGCAUCCUUCGGAAGUAACUACAAAGGAUUCCGGGAAGCAUUAAACUUCUUCACGAAACUGCUCGAGGAGGAAAGCUACAGUUUCGAACUCAAGCUGGAGCCGGGCCAGUGCGUGAUUUUUGAGAACAGACGCACUCUCCAUGCUAGACGGCAGUUCAAUACCGAGUCUGGGCAUCGGUGGCUAGCAGGAAGUUAUCUGGACGAGGAUGUGGUGCUGUCGCAGUACAGGGUUUUGAAACGGACCCAUCCUGAGAUUUGGAGCCAGAAGGUCUUCGACCGUUCUUGA